AUGGCCGAUGCUUCGAGAAAGGUGGAUUUAGCUUUGUCUACGCCAGGAUUACAUUGCACAAUGGAUGCCACAAGGAGUAUUAUGUUGGUGAUACGUCAUCGUUUGGCCUAUAUCGGGAGGCCGUCGUCGCGUCGGCCCGAAGGUUGCAUGUUCACCUGGCGUGGCCAAGACUCGUUCGCGCGAUAUUUUCGCGAUUUCGUCGCGUCGCGUUGUCGUGUUUCUAAGUAUGUCGCUUGGGUUGCAGCGGCGGAUUUGGCGUUCGCGUCUCGCCGUGUGACGCCGCUGCCCGCGCCCUGGGGCUUCGCCCCUUCGUGUCUAGCCGCGCGCGCGUUUGGAGCCCUUGCUCCACUUAGAAAAGUCGGAGUUACUUAG